CUCGGCGCACUCACCAUGGCGGGCCCCGCGCCUCGGCGGCGGCUGGCCGCGCUGGCCCUGGCCCUGGCCCUGGCGCUGGCCGCGGGGCUACCCGCAACCGGAGCCGGGCAGGCGCCACGUCCCGCCGAGCGGGGGCCCCCGGUGCGGCUCUUCACGGAGGAGGAGCUGGCCCGCUACGGCGGGGAAGAGGAAGAUCAGCCCAUCUACAUGGCAGUGAAGGGGGUGGUGUUUGAUGUCACUUCUGGAAAGGAGUUUUAUGGCCGAGGAGCCCCCUACAAUGCCCUGACUGGGAAGGACUCCACCAGAGGUGUGGCCAAGAUGUCCCUGGAUCCUGCAGACCUCACCCAUGACACUACCGGCCUGACGGCCGAGGAGCUAGAAUCCCUGGAUGAUGUCUUCACCAGAGUGUACAAAGCCAAAUACCCCAUCGUCGGCUACACGGCCCGAAGAAUUCUCAACGAGGACGGCAGCCCCAACCUGGACUUCAAGCCUGAAGACCAGCCCCAUUUUGACAUAAAAGAUGAGUUCUGACAUCCCACCUGGAGGAGCUCAUUGCUGAGAGGGUGAGGCAGGGAGACACUCAGGGGCGGAAUCUCCUGCAAAACAGGUUGCCUGGGCCUCUGGUCAUCGGUUCUGAAUAAAGCAGGCAUUUACCUGGAAUGCGGGAUGCCCUUUGUUGCCCGUGGACAGGUGCUCUGUCCACCCAGGUAUCCUGCCCACACCAGCCAGGGUGGUAACAGUAGCCGAGGGGGCACCUCCUGGGUGUCAGCGUGGGCUGUGUGGGCAGUGGAAUUACGAGUGACCUUUAGUUCUUCUUUAUAUUGUUCUGUACUUGGCAAGAUUUCUACUGUGACCAUGUUUACUCUAGAAUAAGCACCAAAAUAAACUUCCUCUUUUCACAAAA